AUAUGAUGUAAUAAGGCUGCGCCGCGCUCCUGCAUCUGUGAUUCUGCUGAAGAGUGUCCAAACACACAGAAAAACUCCUGGUGAAGCGACUGAGAUCCACAUGACACUAUUAUAAAGAUGGCGUUUAUUAAAGAGGAGAUUGAAGACAUGAAGAUUGAAGAAGCAUUCAGAGUCAAACAUGAAGAUACUGCGGAACAAACAGACCUGAUGGCGCUGAAAGAGGAGAGUCAAGAACUGAAUGAAAUGGAAGAGAAAAUUCAUGUCGAGAAAGGCCAUGAUAUCAUGACCGGGGAAAAAUCUUUUAGUUACUCACAAACUCAUAAAACAGAACCUGGAAACCUUAAAGUUGAGAUGAGCAUUCCCACUGGAGAGAGUCCUUUCACCUGCCAACAGUGUGAAAGAAGUUUCAGAGGGAAAAAAAACCUUGAAGUCCACAUGAGAAUCCACACUAGAGAGAAGUCUUACACCUGCAAUCUAUGUGCAGAGAGUUUCUUACUAAAACGAAACCUUAAGACUCACAUGAGAAUUCACAUUAGAGAGGGCCCUUUCACCUGCCAACAGUGUGGAAAGAGUUUCAGUCAAAAAGAGAGUCUUAAUGGCCACAUGAAAAUUCACACUGAAGAGGGCCCUUUCACCUGCCAACAGUGUGGAAAGAGUUUUGUGCGUGAAGAAAGACUUAAAGUCCACAUGAAAAUCCACAGUCAAGAGAAGCCGUUCAUUUGCUCUCAGUGUGGAAAACGAUUUACACUGAAAAAAGCCCUUACAGCCCACUUGAAUCUUCACACCGGAGAGAAGCCUUACAUCUGCCAACAGUGUGGGAAGAGCUUCUCACAAAACGGAAAUCUGAAGACUCACAUGAGAAUUCACACUGGAGAGAAGCCGUACACAUGCUCUCAGUGUGGAAAGAGUUUUAAACGGAAUAGAGACCUCGAUGCCCACAUUAGGAAUCACACUGGAGAGAAACCUUACUCCUGCAAAGAGUGUGGGAAGAGCUUCUCACAAAAAAAAAGUGUUAAGACUCACAUGAGAAUUCACACUGGAGAGAAGCCGUUUGUUUGUGAUCAGUGUGGAGAGAGUUUCAGAUAUAAACAAUGCUUUGAUCAUCACAUGAGGACUCACUCAGGAGAGAACUGUAUUACAUGUCAUAAGUGUGCAACGAGUUUCACAGACAGGGAUCAUCUUAAGAAUCAUGUGAAAAUUCACAUCGGAGAGAAGCCUUACAUGUGCCAUGACUGUGGAAAGACUUUCACAAACAGAGCAAACUUUGAGUUUCACAUGAGAAUUCACACUGGAGAGAAGCCAUUCACCUGCCCUCAGUGUGGAAAGAGCUUCACGAUGAAAGAUCAGCUUAAGAUUCACAUUAGAGUUCACACUGGAGAGAAGCCAUUCAAGUGUCUUCAGUGUGAAAAGAGCUUCAAGACGAAAGGAAACCUUAAGAUGCACAUCAUGAGAGUUCACACUGAAAAGAAGCCUUACUCCUGCAAAGUGUGUGGGAAGAGUUUCUCACAUAAAGAAAUUUUAACGACUCACAUGACAAUUCACACUGGAGAGAAGCCUUUCACCUGCCCUCAGUGUGGAAAGAGCUUCAUGAUGAAAGAUCAGCUUAAGGUUCACAUGAGAGUUCACACUGGAGAAAAGCCUUUUACCUGCCAAGAGUGUGGAAAGAGCUUCACGAUGAAAGAUCAGCUUAAGAUUCACAUGAGAAUUCACACUGGAGAAAAGCCAUACAAGUGUCUUCAGUGUGAAAAGAGCUUCACAACGAAAAAUCAGCUUAAGAUUCACAUGAGAGUUCACACUGGAGAGAAGCCUUACAAGUGUCUUCAGUGUGAAAAGAGCUUCACGACGAAAGGAAACCUUAAGAUGCACAUCAUGAGAGUUCACACUUGAGAGAAACGUUUCACCUGCCCUCAAUGUGGAAAGAGUUUUACAGUGAAAGGAAAUCUUAAGAUUCACAUGAGAAUUCACACUGGUGAGAAGCCUUACAAGUGUCUUCAAUGUAAAAAGAGUUUCAAAUGUCACAUACACCUGGAACAGCAUUUGCAAACUAGGAACUAGGGACUUUGGGGUGGUACUCGAUGUUUCGACUGCAGGGACUAGGGUCUAAUGAAGUAAAAAAAAAAAUCCUACUCAGAAAGUCCCUGCUCGUGAGGUAGUACUUUUUCAAAGUUCUGGAACUUUCUGAGGUGGAACUUGGGCACUGAACAUGCUGAUUGGUUGAGUUCACGCAGUAUUUUAUUUCAACCACCAUUUUCAAAGGGUAAAUAACACACUGUAACGUGUAUGUUUUCUGUGAUUAGUUUGCCUAAUCGUCUGACCUAUAGAGUAGUAUUGCAUCCUUCAUAUCUCUGAAAAGUCUUUAGUUUUAUCAUAUUUAUAAUAGACAGAUACACUGUACCCAGAGAUGGGCGGUAUUUUAAUUAAAUGUAUUUAAAAUACGUAUUUAAUUACUUUUGAGUAUUUUGUAAUUUGUAUUUUCCUUAACAAAGAAAAAAUCAAAUGUAAUUUGUAAUUAAAUACUUUGAGAGAAAGUAUUUUGUAUUUAAAAUACUUAAAAUACAUUAAAAUAUAUUAUUUUAUUCUUGCAUACAAUAACUUUCAGGCUUAAAGGUAGGUUAGGUCAUUUUUGGAGGGGCUAGCAAUAGUGAGCUAGCUUUGAAAGCAUAAGAAUCCCACCGUCCCUUCAGAGCGUCUCCAAACCACGCCUCCUCCAAAACACAUGAACGCACACAGCAGAGAGAAAAAGCAUCACCAGAGACUGCGUUAAACUACCUCAUGGCUCAAAGCACAUAACAUUACAAUAAUAAUGAACAUAAACAACUUAAAGAGCUCUGACCUGUAGCAUCUGACUGCUGCACAUUCAUUUCGGCGUUGAUAGCGUUGCCAUUGAAAGGCAUAAAUUCAAGUCACAAACCACUCCAAGUGUAACGUCAUGUUUUGGUUCAGGAGGAACUGUAACGGUGCAUUCACACGGGGCAUCGCUGUCAAUGCUUGAUGGAGGGCGUGUCUGAAUCUUGGUGCUGACGCGACCAUCAUAGUGACAACAGCCAAUCACAUUACUUUCCGGUGUUGCUUGAAUGCAGUUGGCUAGCGUCUGCACUAGGGUAUUUGCAUAAGGCGAUCUGAUUGGCUGACGCUUGCAUUGGAACUUGAAAAGUUGAGAAAUUUUCAACUUCUGCCACAAAGCGACCCACAAUUCAGUUCGGCAACGCAUGACAUCACCCAUUCAAAGUAAAUGAGAAGUGUUAACGGAGCAGUUAAGGAGCUCGUGACCGAAGUCUAUCUUACUUUGCAUAGCAAGGUCAGAAGCAGGUAAAGAAGCUGCUUUUGUGUUCAGUCAAACUGCUUUAAGGUAAAGUAUCUAGUAAAAUAUACUAUCAGAUAUUAUUCACUGAAUGUCAUUAUAGGACAGAGAUUAACACAAAUGGCUAGAACUUAACUUGCUAGCUAAAGCAUGACGUGCGCUGUCUAGUGAUGUGCGGAUCGCAGUUAUAUCCACGGAUGGAUAGGUCAAGUAAUAAAAAAUAACAUUCUGAUUAAUUGCAGGUGAAAACACAGUCGGUCGUGUCUUAAAUUAAUGUAACCGUAAGUAUAUUCGGUCUGUGCGUUCGUUCUUAAAGUGACAGCAGCCUAAUAAACCUGCUGCUGUCUGUCAUUAAUGUUAAUCAAGCAACAAAAGAAAAAGACAAAAUCUCUCACUGCUCCUGACUGAAUAACUUUAGUAUCUUUAUAAGGAUCAUCAAUCUAUAUUAAGUUGUUACAGUUAAGUCUGUGCAGUGUUUUUACAUGAUUAUUCAAUUUCUGUAAACUUUCUUACUUUAAUGCUACUGUUAAAUAGUUAUUAGAGCUUUUUGAAUGCUUUGGCUAUACAUAGCAACUGAGAGAAACUCUCUCUUACGUGUAUCUAACUCCACUGUUACUCUCGCACUUCAAAUGAUUGUGUGUAAAUUUUCUUUGUAUUUUUAAAUUACAAAUUACUUGUAUUUUAAUGAAAUAAAUUUUUUUCACAGCA